AUGGGCUCCAGACGUGGGGAUCCAUCAAGAUCAUCGCUAUUGCAGCGGCGAUGGAAUACAUGUAAAGAUUUCUGGUCCUCAUACGGUCGUACCAGUUACGGUGGAAACCCCGUCUCCCAACAGACACUUCCCUCGUUUUUCUUAUAUAGUUCCCCAUAUAUUCUCUUACCCAUCUUCUUUCUUGUAUCCGCUAUCUUUAUUGCGUUGGGUAUUGUGUUAAUUGUAGCUGCGGAUCACUAUUAUGAGGUGGAGUUGGAAUAUAGUGAUAUCCAUCGAUAUCAAUAUAUUCCUACAGAUCCAAUGGUAAAUAUAAAUCAAGGUAUUCGUAAAUUUUUAGUAGGAAAUACCACACACGCACAAGGUACACGUACACGUGUUAUGUUUGAAGUUCAAGAAACCCUCAAAGCGCCUGUAUAUUUAUACUACACAUUGGAUAACUUCUUUCAGAAUUUUAGAGAUUUCCAUAAUGGGAGAUCUAAACAUUUAAUGCUUGGGAGAGAGCGAUUAAGCGGAAAGUAUCCGGAGUGUAUGCCAUUUGAGAAACCUGGUUAUCUUGAUAAUACUGGUGAUAAUAUAGUCCAAAUAGAGGCAGGAGGAAUAACACAAAAAUUGCGGUACCAUGAUUUUGUUUAUAAUCCUUGUGGAGUAGCACCAUGGUCUAUGUUUAACGAUACCUUUAUUCUUUAUCAUGUCGAAGAACAAACAAACAACGAAAGUAGUGGUGAUAAUAUCACCAAUAGUAAUAGUAAUAGUGGCAUUUCCCCAACAGUAGAGAAUAUCACUAUGAUAUGUAAUUCAAGUGACUUUAGUGCGAAUGGUGACCCACUGGGCUACAGUACCACACCGAAUAAAUGCCAUAAGAAGGGUAUUUCAUGGAAAGCAGAUGAAAAGAUUAGAUAUAAAAAAUUAAGAACAGGUUUUAAACUUUGGACUCUUCACUAUCCUUACCAAAAUGAUAAUGUGUAUCUCACCAAUGGAUGGUAUGCAAAUGAACCUGGGCAUAGUUUAACAGAUCCACUGGAUUAUGACCUGCAGGUUUGGAUUCGUGGAGCAUUUCUUCCAAAAUUUCGAAAGUUACUUCGCAUUAUUGACGUAGAUCUAAAAAAGGGAAAAUAUAUAAUGGAUAUUGAUGAAUUUUUUGAUGUGACAACACUGCGAGGUUCAAAAGGAUUUGUCCUUUCCACUUCUGCAUGGAUAAAGAAAGAUGGACAUGGUUUAGGAAUUGCUUUUCUCGUGGUUGGGGCCAUUUCAUUCAUUCUUGCUGUUACUUUCAGUAUUGAGUUUCUCUUCAGGUGGCGGCAGAAUAAAACGCUACCGGAACCCAAAGCACGAUGGUAUAUAUUUGAUCCUAAUAGUAUGGAAAUGAGAAUAUAUUAUGAGCAAAGGACGAAACGUUAUGAUAUUCCAUUAAAUGAAUCAGAAGAAGAAAUGGUGGGGUAG